AUGGCUUAUGCUUUGAGGCAGCUCAAACCGUAUGUGUGUAACUAUCCUACGCAUGAUGUUGAAUUGGUUGCAACAUUUUUUGCUCUUAAAAUCUGGAGGCAUUACCUUUGUGAGGAGAAGUGUAUCAUCUAUACAUAUCAUAAGAGUCUUAAGUAUAUUCUUAACCAAAAUGAGUUGAACUUGAGACAGAGGAGUUGGAUAGAGCUACUAAAAGACUACGAUAGCACUAUUAAGUACCUUCCUGGUAAGGCUAAUACCGUGGUUGAUGCAUUGAAUAGAAAAGCAAUGGGUGAGUUAAGAGCAAUGUUUGCUAGGCUAAGUUUGUUUGAGGAUGGAGGCUUACUUGCAAAGUUACAAGUGUGA